AUGACCGCCUUCAUUGCCAAACGCUUCUGGUGGCCACACAUGAGGCAAGAUAUUUCUUGGUUUGUUCGGACAUGUCACCUUUGCCAGAUUCGCCAGACUCGCAACAUUCUCAUUCCCCUGACCGUCGCCUUGCCCGCACCACUCUUCGCAAAGAUGUAUAUGGAUACCAUGCACAUGCCGACCACCGGCAGUUUCAAGUAUCUCGUUCAAGCUCUUGCCGACUGGAUAUUCGAGGAUAUUCUGUGCCGAUGGGGAACAUUGGUAGAGAUCAUCUCCGACAACGGACCAGCAUUUGUCAAGGCACUCGACCAGUUAGCAAAGAAGUACCACAUUCGGCACAUCCAUAUUUCGGGCUACAAUUCCCGCGCCAAUGGCAUCGCCGAACGACCUCACUUUGAUGUUCGGCAGGCUCUGUUCAAGGCCGUGGAUGGAGAUCAGGCCAAGUGGAAUUCAACUGGAACCCAUCCCCUCCUCCCCCUCGACAUUGCCAAAGCCACCUACCACCUGCCACCGCCAACCACAACCCUCAGCACCACCGACCUCAUCGCCCGACGGGCCAUAGCCUUGCAGAAAUGCCGAUCAGACCUCGCCCACCUUUGCAGCUCAGUUGUCGACGCCCAUGUCCAGGCCGCCAUCCAAUUUGAAUAA